AUGAGCGCACUAUCCCUUGUCGAUAAGAUUCACAACUUCCUAGACUUCAGCUCCGUACACGACGCACUUCAGAUGGCGAGAACCGAAUCGAAGACUGCAGUGGAAAGCACGAUGCAGGCUCUCGACGACAUCAAGAAAGAACUUAAACAGGCAGCUAACACAGAACAAAGCAAAAACAAGCACAUAGAAAACAUCAAGACAAUGUCAACUAACCAACUCAAAAGCGGUGACCUUAGCAUCAAGACGGUCUCGGCCGGCGAUAUGGAAGCACUCCGACAGUUCGCUGAAGACUGGGAGCGCCGGCUCGGUAAUGGAGCCACUGUUCGCAUCCCUACAUACGGUGUCCUCGUGCACGCUCUCCGCGCCAAGUCGAUGGAUAUGAGCCGAUUCGAAAGACAUCAGGGACGACAUUCUGCAGGAAAAUAG